UGUCGCCAAUCGCCAUCUUGUUUGGACCAUCUUAGAAUUUGCUGUAUUUUUCAUCAAUUUAGUUUAUAACAAGAACAUAUCUUUAAGCAUUAUUAUGGGCAAACGAGGUAAGAAUGCACAAAAAUACAAACCAGAAGUUGAAGAAGAAGAGGAAGAUUAUGUGGUUGAAAAAAUUGUUGACGAACGAAUAGUUGAUGGUAGACUCGAGUAUUUCUUGAAGUGGAAGGGUUAUUCUUCGCUCGAUAACACAUGGGAACCCGCAAAUAAUCUAGAUUGUCCUGAGCUUCUUGAACAGUUCAAGAAGACCCGAGGCGGAGUUCCCCCUAGAGAAUCGUCUUCAGAAUCGGAUUCGCGAAAGAGAAAAGCUGAUGAAAAUACAAAUUCAAGUUCCGAUUUAAAGAUUUCUAAAACAAAAACAAAGAAGAAGAAAACUAACUCUGGUUCAACAAAGGCUUCAAGAUCUGAUGGAAAUGAUGAUGACAAGUCAACUACUACAGAGGCAGAAAUAGAAAUAAGUGCAGCUAAUGGUCAAGAAGUUGAUCAAGUAUCUGGAUUUGAACGAGGCCUUGAAGCUGAAAAAAUUCUUGGUGCUACUGAAGUUGAUAAUGAAAUCCAUUUUCUUGUCAAAUGGAAAGGCUCAGAUGAUGCUGACUUGGUUCUUGCAAAAGAAUGCAACACUAAAUGUCCACAAACAGUAAUUAAAUUUUAUGAAGAUCGCGUUACCUGGAUACAAAAGAAUGAAGAUGAUGGUGGGGACAAGGAUGAGUAAAGAUAGAAGUAUUGGUUAUAACUGACAAGAACAGACUGUGUAAAGCACAUGCAGCUAGAUCAUGGAAACUGUAAAUAGUAC